GUGUGGGGAGAUGCCCCUCUCCUUGGUGGGGCUGCCCAGGCUCGGGAGCUGUCACCGCCAUGGGGCUCCGCAGGAAAACCAAGAGCCCGGCGGUACUGAGCCAUGAGUUCGUCAUUCAGAACCACGCGGAUACCGCAUCCUGCCUGGUGAUGGGCCUCCUGCUGGGGCUCGUGUUUGAGGUCCCAGCCAGGUACACCAUCAUCUUUAUUGCUGUGCAGUACAAUGUCACCUAUACCACUGAUGACAAGAGUGAGCAAUUUCAUUUUUAUGACUAUGGUCCAAAAGACAUUGCCACAAUCUUCUACAUGCUCAUAGCUAUUAAUCUGCAUGCUGUAAUCCAGGAGUACAUAUUAGAUAAAAUUAAUAGACGUCUGCAUUUGUCAAAAACAAAGCACAGCAAAUUCAAUGAAUCGGGACAGCUAGCAUUUUUCUACUUGUUUUCAUUUAUAUGGGGAGCAAGCAUUUUGAAUACAGAAGAAUUAAUGAUGAACCCAACCUCACUCUGGAAAGAUUAUCCCCAUUCUCAUAUGCUUUUUCAGGUAAAAUUCUUCUAUAUUUGCCAGAUAGCCUAUUGGCUUCAUGCAGUGCCGGAGCUAUACUUCCAAAAGAUCCGAAAGGGAGAUAUUCCAAGGCAGCUAUGUUAUAUCUGCCUUUACAUUGCUCAUAUCUCUGGUGCCUAUAUGUUAAAGUAUUUGCAUCAUCUGGGGAUAAUUCUGAUGGUACCUCACUAUUUAGUGGAACUCAUUUUUCAUGCCUCAUGUCUCUUCUACUUCAGUGAUGAAAACAAGCAAAAAGGAAGUAUUUGGGGCAUUUUAUUUCUAUUACAUGUAGCACUUAUAAUGUAA